AUGUACUAUCCCCAGAACGCACACACCUUCUACCCAGGUCACCAUCCGCAGCCUGGGUCGCCUCCGGCUCGCGGUCCACAGGGGGGAGAGGGUGGCCCCUACCCUAAUGGUAACCUUGUACCCUAUCUUAACCAGCACUCGGGCGACGCAGGCGAUAUGGGCGCCAGUGCCCCGCAGCUGGAUGCGUUCUAUAUUCAGCAGCCGCCAGGCUCCUUUGCCGUGCCGCUCGACGUGCCUGACGUGAACGCAUACGGGCAUCCGCCGGGCGCAUUGCCACCUGGCAUUCCUAUGCGUGGUCCGCCCAACAUGGCGAAUUGGGGCGCACCGUCACGCCAGUCGCCCGCCUCGGCCGGUCCGCACGACGGCCCGCACGACGAGGCCGAGAUGCUGCACGGUGCCCAUGGCUAUCCCCCCGCUCUGGGCGAUGCACAGGCCCGCAAUAUGGCGCAGCCCAUGUACGGCCGCGGAAACGAGGCGCACCGUCAAAUGCUGAUGGAGCAAGAGGCCGCUGCGCGGGGCGCGCGGGGCGCGCCGCUUCCGAAGCGGCGACGCACGAGCCCGAUGCCGUUUGGCGAGUCCAACGCAGACCUCUUGUCACGUUUCCGCGGCGCGCCCCAAGGCGUGCGUGGUGGGCCCGGUGCGCCGCCAAACGCACGGAUGGGCCGCCGCGAUGUCGACGGUGCGCACGACCCUUCCGGCCUGUCGGAGCUGCUGCCCGGUGCGGAGGAGGGCGGUGCGCCGUCGGGUGACCUGGCCUCGUGGAUUUUGGGGCCGGACGAGCAGCAGCGCAACGCGCACUUUGCGAUGCCUGAUGCUGCGGCGUACUACCGCCAGAACAGCAUGGGCCAGCCACAAGGGAUCCGCCUGGAUAUGCCCGGCCUCGCGCAGGGCAACCAGGCGAUGGAUCCGAGCAAGGGCUUGACGCCGUUGCGUUCGCAUGCGCCCAACUCUGACGACGAACCGCUCUAUGUGAACGCGAAGCAGUACCAGCGCAUCUUGAAACGCCGCGUUGCGCGUGCGCGUAUGGAAGAAAAGCGCCGCCAGAUGUGGCUCAUUGCGCUCAAGCAGCGCGAAGGCCAAAAGAACGGCGGCAAUGCGGACUUGUCGGAGGAGUGGGUCUCGGGCUUGCUGGCACUCGACGAGGAGGCCAAGAAGCCUUACUUGCACGAAUCGCGUCAUAAACACGCGAUGCGACGUCCGCGCGGACCGGGUGGACGCUUCCUCACCACCGAGGAGAUCCGCAAGCGCGACGACGAAGAGGCCGCGCGCAAGGCCCAGGAGGAGGCCGCCGCCCCGAGCGCCGACGCGCCCGCGGACGAAACGUCGUAG